AUGAGCGCCAUCUCUCUCCCUCGCUCAUCUUAUCUAUUUGUCUACUUCUUGCUCUUUUUCACUAUACCCCUCCCUUCCUUUGCCACAAGCCUACCUCGGGUCGCCCCGUCUCAACUCCACGAUGGGCGAUCGUAUUUCGACCGCCUGCUCGACAUUCCCUUCGGGUGGGCCUCGAAAAAGUCUAGCAAAAAUUUGAAUCAAUGGUUUGUAACUCAUCCGAAGCUUGUAGAGAAUCUACAGAGGUAUGAAAACGAGGUUGUAAUACGGUUCAAUGUCUCAACAAGUGCAAAUGAGGCGGCUUUAAGAAAGGCCGUUGAUCAAAUGUUGCUCGAUGUCUGGGACUUCACUGAUAGCUACACUGAUAUACGCAUUGAAGCACGCCGUAUUCGACCGUUGAUGGGUAUACUGCCGUCCUCUUUACAAGAUAACCAUGUCGUUUUGAUUCCCGACCUAGCCCGUGCUGUCGCGGCUACCUACCCGUCUAAUGCCGCCGCAAACUCCGUCACUCAGUCCCUCUCAAAAGAUCGAGGUAUCACCCCAGCAAACGACAUCCCUUUGCCUAAGAAGCAAGGUGUAGAUGACGUUUUCUUUCAUGAUUACCAGCCGCUCUCUGUCAUAUAUUCGUGGUUGAAGUUGCUUGACUCGAUGUUCCGCGGCCGCGGCCUCGUUCGGAUGGUCAACAUUGGACGAUCGUACGAGGGCCGGGAUAUACUAGGGUUAAGGGUCGGCACACCCCGUAGCGGUGGCUCAGAUAGUCGCAAGGAUACUAUUCUCAUUACAGGUGGUAUUCACGCGAGGGAGUGGAUAUCCAUAAGCACAGUAAAUUACGUCGCUUGGUCCUUCAUCAAGUCUGUUGACGAGGAUCCGAUGAUAGCUAAAAUUCUAGAACACUUCGAUAUCGUCUUCAUCCCUGUAUUAAAUCCUGAUGGAUACGAGUACACGUGGGAUGUCGACCGGCUAUGGCGGAAGUCGAGACAACGCACCAAGAUGCAGUAUUGUCCCGGGUUCGAUUUGGAUCACGCAUUCGGCUACCGAUGGGAUGGUACCCGGCAUCAGAGUGAACCGUGCUCUGAGAGUUACGGCGGCGACCAACCCUUCGAGGCCGUCGAAGCCGGUGAAUUGGCGGAUUGGGUUAGGAACGAGACGGACAGCGGCGUUAAUUUUGCGGCUUACCUGGACCUCCACUCUUAUUCUCAGCAGAUUUUAUAUCCGUAUGCAUAUUCUUGCGUUGUCCGUCCGCCUAAUAUCGAAAAUUUAAGGGAGGUAGCUAUGAAUUUAGCUAAACAUAUGAGGCUGUCUAACGGAGAGGUCUACACUACCACGUCGGCCUGCGAAGGGGCCGUCGCAAACGAAAACCCGGUAGACUCCACACAUGAUGCCCAAAGAGCUCGAAUAGAAGCCGGCGGUGGCUCUGCUAUUGAUUACAUUUUUCAUGAAUUCGGAGCUCGGUAUAGUUACCAGAUUAAACUACGAGAUACGGGAAGCUAUGGCUUCCUACUCCCUAGCGAACAUAUCAUUCCGACCGGCGAAGAACUAUACCAAGCUAUGAAAUUUCUUGGAGAUUAUCUUCUUGGUAAUAACGGUCACGAGUCGUGGACCCAAUCUACCAGUCCCGAUCAGAAUCCGUCUGAGCCCUUUGAUGAGGAUGAGGAAGAGAUAACGGAACUUCGAAAACGGCGCCGAAGACGGUGCGUUGAUUGUACAUAA